CGCUCCUGGGGGCGGUGCGCGGGGCCGCGGCGCUUCCGGCUGCGGGAGGCGGCGCUGAGCAGGACCGAGCAGCGCGGGCGGCGGCCGGGGAGGCGAAUCCAGGACGAUGUCUGGGGAGCUACCACUCAAUAUUAACAUCAAGGAGCCUCGAUGGGAUCAAAGCACUUUUGUUGGCCGAGCCAAUCACUUCUUCACUGUGACGGAUCCCAGGAACAUUCUAUUAACAAAUGAACAACUAGAGAGUGCAAGAAAAAUAGUGCAUGAUUACAGACAAGGAGUCAUUCCUCCAGGCCUCACAGAAAAUGAGUUGUGGAGAGCAAAGUACGUAUAUGAUUCAGCUUUCCAUCCUGACACGGGUGAAAAGAUGAUUUUGAUAGGAAGAAUGUCUGCUCAAGUGCCAAUGAACAUGACUAUCACGGGCUGCAUGAUGACAUUUUAUAGGACCACUCCGGCUGUGCUCUUCUGGCAGUGGAUUAACCAGUCCUUCAAUGCUAUCGUCAACUACACCAACAGAAGCGGAGAUGCUCCCCUUACAGUGAAUGAGUUGGGAACAGCUUAUGUUUCGGCAACAACUGGUGCUGUGGUAACAGCCCUAGGACUUAAUGCAUUAACCAAGCACGUCUCACCACUGAUAGGACGUUUUGUUCCCUUUGCUGCUGUAGCUGCUGCUAAUUGCAUUAAUAUUCCAUUAAUGAGGCAAAGGGAACUCAAAGUCGGCAUUCCUGUCACAGAUGAAAAUGGCGUCCGCUUGGGUGAAUCGACAAAUGCCGCAAAACAAGCCAUCACGCAAGUUGUUGUCUCCAGGAUCCUCAUGGCCGCCCCGGGCAUGGCCAUCCCUCCAUUUAUCAUGAACACUUUGGAAAAGAAGGCCUUUCUGAAGAGGUUCCCGUGGAUGAGCGCACCUAUUCAAGUCACCUUAGUUGGUUUUUGUUUAGUGUUUGCCACUCCCCUGUGCUGUGCUCUGUUUCCUCAGAAAAGUUCCAUGUCCGUGGCAAGCUUGGAGGACGAGUUGCAAGCCAGCAUCCGAAAGAGUCAUCCUGAAUUGUGUCGGGUGUACUUUAACAAGGGCCUGUGAAGCGGAAAAAGAACCGGAGGGCUUCUCCUGCCAGCUCUGAACCUCCCUCAGGUGCAGCAGUGAGGAAAUCCCAUUUGACUGGGGUGCUCCCAGUUACAAAGUCUCUUAAAGAGCUGCAUUAGAGUCAAGCUGUUUCCUGCAUAACACAGCACCCAGUGCAGGCCUGGAACUUGACAGGGAACAUGGGCCUCCCUUACAUUUGAAUCAUGUAAUUUACAAAACUACCCUUCCAUAGAUUUUAAUGAAACUUUUUCAAAGGCAACAUUCCAGCCCUCACCUGGGGCUUUUGAAAUCACUGGUAGGCACAGACUAGGUGCCUUGGACAUAUGCUCAGUAAACAUUUAUUGAUUAACAAUCAGUGAAAAGCGUAUCUGUUCAAAUACUGGAUUUCAUUCUUCUGUUCCAAUCAAAGAGGUCUCAGCAGUGAACUAGGAAAACACAAAAGUUGUAAGGCUAAAUAUAAAAGUUUAAAUACUAAGGAAACUUUGCUUCCAGUUUGGCAAUGAACCAGCCCAAAGUAGAUGGAGAGUGAAGGUUUGGAGUGUUUAGGGCAAAUACUCCAUGCACCUUCUAGAAGUCAGCAGCCACAGACCAGAGCAUGAAGCCUUCCCUGCAGUUCACAGUUAACAUGGGUUCAUAUUGCUGAAUUCUCUUGGUUGACUUUGUAGCUAGUGACUUGACACUCACUAAUUUACAUCAAAUAAUUAAGUAACUUAAAUAUACAAAUGCCAGGUUUUAGGAGUGCUGUAUGACUGGGGUGAGUGGUUUGUUGAGUUUUGUUUUUUUGUUUUGUUUUGUUUUUUUGUUUUUUUUGAAGUGAGACCACAGUUCCUGGUCAGAAAGAUACAGAAAUAGUAUGUGAAGGUGCCAGUACAGGUGAGCUUUGCUUGAGUGCUGUGCUGGAUCCUACCCUGUCUGAAGACUAUGAGACCCAGUGGCACUGUCGCAUCUGUAGGGAUUUCACUCAGUGUAACACAGGUCAUGUUUAAAGUCUGUAGAUGUUCUCUUUCGUAGACAAGACAGUUUCACUGAGCAUAAAGCAUUGUAAUUCUUAGAUUUGUGAGUGGAAAAAAAAAGAAACUAUCUAGUUUUGAUAGACCUUUUUCCCUAACAGUGUGUCCAGACUGAAUUUCCUCAUAAAGGAAAAUAGUGUGUGUGCCUUGUGUCUGCAUUUCUCUUUUGUUUGAAAGGGUUAAGGGAUCUGAAGCUCUCGGCCUUCCCUCAUUAACAAGAAUCUUCUCCUGUAGAUUGGCUGCCAGGCUGCUUGAAGUACAUGGCUUCCCCUGUGUUGGGAACUAUUAAUAUAAGCACAGCCAUCAUGUACACUGAGCUGUGGCAGGCUUGCUUAUUUACUCUGGGCUUUAUCCAUCAGUGCUUCUUGUUAAACGGUGAUAAAAGCCUGAAGUCCAAGGCAGAUCUCCAUGAAGUGCUUAAAGGGCAUUUUAAUAUGAAGCUAAAGUCCUUGAGGCCUGACCCACUACCCAGGUGAUCUCAGAAUCCUCACCCAGUUAAUGUGUGACUCUAAGAAUGUUAACUUUCUCUGAUAACUUAGUGACUAGUUGGGAGAUAGGAAACUCACCAAAAUGUCACACGCUGGGAAGACAGGCCAAAGUGUAUUUCUAAAGGGUACAAUGGAUGUGAAGCUGUGUGCUUUCAGAUGUGCUUACAGAAGCUUGAGACUCGUAAUGCUUUUGUAUAGGAAUAUUCACUGUAUGGUUUAAUCAUGACUUUAAAAAAAGAACAAAUGAACUAAAAUUGGCAAUCUUUGCUCAUCAUUUAAGAAUACCUUUUCUGGAGAAAAAUCAUAUUCAGUGCAAUAAGGUGUAAGAGUGAAUAGAUACUAGUAUUUCUAUUAACAUGAUAGCUAUGAUUGUAUUUGCUGACUGGCAGUUAUCAGUAUUAGCACACGGUGUCUUGCCACUGUCAGAGUCAAUGUAUUAUUUCAGUUCAACUGGAUGAAAUGUUAAAUAAAUGCAGAAUGAAAAUAAAUUCUCUCUUUAAUUUGUA